UGGGAAGAAGGUUUACCUUCCAACAUGACAACGACCUAGAACACACAGCAAAACUGAGCACUCAGUAGCUGGAGGAGAAAAAAGGUAAAUGUCCUUGCAUGGCAGUCAAAUGCCAGACUAAAAUCUGUGGAAUGACUUGAACUGGAAUGACUGCAGUACCCAAAUGAUCCCCAUUAAAUUUAACUGAACUUGAGCAGUUCUGCAAAGAACAGUGGGUUAAUAUUGCAAAGUUAGUAGACACAUAUUUCAACAGACUUAAUGCUGUAAUUAAAGCCAAAGUUGUUUCAACUAAAUACUGACAUAAGAAGGAGAUCCUUUUUCCAAUUCAGUGAGUUGUUGUUUUCUGACAUGUUUGGUAUUAUAUAUUUUACUUGGAUGUUAUGUUGCACAUCUGGAUAAAACUAAAACUGUCUUAAUUGCAGUCUGUAAAGCAACAAAAUGUUCUUAAAAUUAUACUGUAUCAUUGGUUAAUAUGGCAAAAGUAGUGUGACAUCAACAAACUUGCCCUAGUUUGCCAAAUUUAUCUAAACCAUUGCUUAAAAUAUUAUGUGUAGGGUUAGGUUUUUUAGGUUUUAGGGAUUGUAUUAAGUCUAUAUUUUGGGACAGUAAUGUUGAUCCAGGAUCAACAAAAUAUGUUGAUCCACUAACAUUUCUUACUUUGCAGAAUCGCAGCUACUUUGCAUUUUUGCCAUACUGAACUUGGAAAAGGCUAGGUAGUGAGAGGAUUAAAUAAAAUAAAGUAGAAGUAAGGGAUAAGCAUUGUGGUUUUCAGAAUCAGAAAGAUUCAUUACACUUUAUGAGCAACCAUUUUCAACUAUGAUAAUGAUAAGAAAGGUUUUUUGAGCAUAGCAAUCAGCAUAUGAAAUGAUUUCUGAAUGAUGUGACACUGAAGACUGGUGUAACGGCUACUGAACAUUAUGCUUAUCACAGGAGUAAAUAGAUUUUAAAGUAUAUUCUAGUGUGCCAAACCUCAGAGCUUUGCGCCGGACAGCCCUGACUUCAGAUCCUUGUUCCCAACAUUGCCCACUAGUCAGUCAUCCUCAGGCUCAGAUAUCUCCCUGACCAUUGUCUUUGCCACUGGAGGCCAUUAAACCAAGUAAGGCCAAUAAAUAAAUGUGGAUGCUGCUGGUAAAAGGUUCCUUUUGUUCUGAUAUUUGAUAACUAUAUCAGUUAUUCCAGGUUAAUUACUUGACUGUAAGGCUUCGUAUUAUGUUUUGUUAAAUUGUAUCUUUUGACAGGUAAGGAGUGUGAAUUGACAGCCAAUGAUAAGGACGGCAUUUGCAUGUUUUGGCAUUUUGCUACUAACCACCCGCCUGGUCACCCUGAUGUUCUGGGGAUUGUGGUGUCAGUGCUGAACACAGCACCUCUGUUGGUGAAGAACAUAGUGCUUCAGGCUGCUGCGCCAAAGGAGGGUAUGAAAACAGAUAAUGCCCACAUAAAUCUGAAAGUAACAGACCAGGAUGGCUCAGUGAUUCAAUUCAAAAUCAAGAGGCACACACCCCUCAAAAAACUGAUGAAAGUAUAUUGUCAGAGACAGGGGCUAACAAUGCGGUAUAUUCGGUUCAAGUUAGAUGGGGAGACAAUUAAUGAGACUGACACACCAGCUCAGUUGGAGAUGGAGGAUCAGGAUUCAAUUGAAGUAUUUCAGGAACAGACAGCGGGCCUGAUGUAAAUAUCAACUUAACAACCUUCCAUCUCCACAAUCCUCCCUGUUUGCCGGGUUUUAUUUUUUUUAUACAUUUUGGUUGACCUCUCUUCACAUCAUCAAAAGCUUGUGUGAAAUACCUUGAGAUGAUGUAAACUUAUAUUUAUUUAAUCAGAUGUGGACCUAAGGGUGUUACUUCUAAAAUGCUUCUGAUCAGUCAGUGAUCAGAUCUUUUUUGGGGGAGGGGGUGGGAGGGUGGUAGAGAGAAUUUCAGUGUUUUGUUUGCUCUGAAGCCAUUAGGCUUUUUAUAUGUAUAACAUAUGUUUAUGUAUUUCUCUUUUGCACUCAGAUACUGAACCAGUUUUAUUCGGUAUCUUGUGUUGUGAAUUGAAAUGUUUAGGUUUUUGUUGGAAUAAAACCGUUUUACAAAACCA